UACAGCCCCUACUCGACCGACUAUCAUGACUACACAGGCUCAUAGGAUUGAUAUUGACGAGUUUUUGACUUUGGCCAUCUCGGAAACGCCACAGGAGCUGCAUCCCUUCUUCGAAUCUUUCCGGACGUUGUACAGCCGUAAAUUAUGGCAUCAGUUGACGAACAGGCUUCUGGAGUUCUUUGACUUCCCGCUCUCAAGACCUUACCGCGUCGAUGUCUUUAACAAGUUCGUGCGCGAUUUUGAGGCGAAGCUCAACCAACUGAGGCUGGUAGAGAUGGGCGUAAAGGUCUCGAAGGAGAUUGACAAUCCCGCAACGCACCUCCAAUUCCUUACGGAUCUCCUUGAACGCGUGGACACGACCAAGUCGCCCGAGGCGCACGUCCUUCUCCUUGCUACACUUGCUCACGCGAAGCUGCUGUACGGAGACAACGAGGGGACGAAGAACGAUAUCGACGCCGCGUGGAAGGUGCUUGACGAGCUGUCUGGGGUUGACCCGUCCGUAAACGCUGCGUACUACGGAGUUGCCGCGGAUUACUACAAGUCAAAGGCAGAAUACGCACCGUAUUACAAGAACUCGCUACUGUACCUGGCGUGCAUCGAUCCUGCGAAGGACCUGACGGCAGAGGAGCGCGUGCUUCGUGCGCACGACCUGGGGAUUGCCGCUUUCCUCGGAGACUCGAUCUACAACUUCGGGGAACUGCUCAUGCACCCGAUCCUGGACGCACUCGAUAAGACCGCGCACGAGUGGAUCAAGACGCUGCUGUUCACAUUCAACGAGGGUAAUAUCGGCAAGUUUGAAGCCCUGGCACCACUAUUCCCGAAAGAGCCGAUCCUGCAAGAGAACUACCCGUUCCUGCGGCAGAAGAUCUGUCUGAUGGCGCUCAUCGAGUCCGUGUUCAAAAGAGGGGCGUAUGACCGAACGAUGUCGUUCCAGACCAUCGCCGAAGAGACGCGGUUGCCGCUGGACGAGGUCGAACACCUGGUAAUGAAAGCUUUGAGCCUGAAGCUGAUCAAGGGGUCCCUGGACCAAGUGGACCAAAAGGCGCAAAUUGCGUGGGUGCAGCCGCGGGUCCUAUCUCGAGAGCAGAUCGGGCAGCUGGCGCAGAGGCUCGCAGCGUGGGGCUCGAAGCUGCACAAGGUGGAGGAGCGGAUUGCCCCGGAGGUGCUUGUGAGCGGUUGAGCGGCAGGCGUAAACGGAGUACGGUGUAUAGUAGCGUUUGGACCCUUUCAAUGUAGCCUUUUCGCUUACAAGCCAAU